AUGGCUGCGACAAGGAAAUUACAAGGCGAAAUAGAACGUUGUUUAAAAAAAGUAACAGAAGGAGUUGAAACUUUUGAGGACAUCUGGCAGAAAGUUCACAAUGCGACGAACAGUAAUCAAAAGGAAAAAUACGAGGCGGACCUUAAGAAGGAGAUCAAGAAACUGCAGAGGCUACGCGAUCAGAUCAAGUCGUGGAUUGCCUCUGGGGAGAUUAAAGAUAAGAGUACACUAUUAGAAUUUAGGAAACUUAUUGAAACACAAAUGGAGAGGUUUAAAGUUGUGGAAAGGGAAACGAAAACGAAGGCAUACUCAAAAGAAGGGCUUGGGGCGGCACAGAAACUCGAUCCUGCUCAGAAGGAAAGAGAAGAAAUGUCAUCAUGGCUCAUCUCGUCCAUAGACGCUCUAAAUUUACAGGUUGAUCAAUUUGAGUCUGAAGUAGAAUCACUAUUAGUGGGUAAGAAGAAAAGACUAGACAAAGAGAAACAGGACAGAAUGGAGGAGCUCAAACUGAAACUGGAAAAACACAGGUUUCACAUAAAAAAACUUGAAACGCUACUAAGGAUGCUGGAUAACAUGUCUGUUGAAGUUGAACAGACGAAUUUCAGUUACCCUCGUCCAGCAAGCGAUGAAAGCUUAGAGACUCGCGGCAACCUUAGAAAAUACUAUGUAAAAUUGCAGAUAAAAGGUAUAAAGGAAGACGUGGAAUAUUACAUAGACUCAUCUCUAGAGCCGGGGUUCGAGGAGAACGACUACAUAUACGACGAUAUCCAAGGGCUGGACGAGAUCGAGCUCAGCGGUGUAGGACCGUCCACCGAUUCCAACAACAGCAAUGGCUCCGCUGCAACUCCCAACAGUAUACUCUCUGGCACGAGUCCUGUAAGAACACCAACGUCAGAAAACCACAAUCAUUCGACAGAUUCAAUAGACAUAGAAAAGAAAAAGAAAGAAGAGAUUAUACCUAAACCGGUAAAACCACUGCCGCUCCGUGCGGUGAACGCCAGCGUGGUCGGUAAUAGCACGUGUAACGUUAGUUCCUUGCUCAAUAACUCCGCAGCCGCAAGCAAUAGUACGGGCGUGUCUGGCGCGUCCACGCCGAGCAAGCCCGCGCCCAGCCCGCCGCCGCGACCCGCUAACAGCACAGAAGUAGUCGAGAAUGGUCCAGUAUCAAUCACAGCAGCGGUCAACACGACGACGACGCAUCUACCGCCUCCCCCCACGCAGCAACCACCCCCAACGUCGCGGAGUACAUCGUCGAGUGGCGGCGCCAGCGCGAGCGUGACGACGUCCCCCCUCACCGUCAACGGCCCCCCUCCCUCCGCGCACCACACGCCGCACCACGCGCUCAACAAUGGACGAGUGAGCGAGACGUCGAGCAUGUCGGCGGUGAGCGCGUCGAGUGCCACGAGCGCGAGCAGUGCGGCGCACAACACCGCCUCGCUCAAGAGCAUGGCGCAGGAGGCCGUGCACCGCGCCGGUCUGGACCUGCACCACCAGAACACGAGACGGAGUACGGCAAUAGCGCAAGCGCACAUUCCGCCACUAUUAGGAGUCGCGCCCUUAGGACCGCAGCCACUUGACUCGGGCCAUCAAGUACAGUUCCAGAUGAUGGAGUCAGCGUUCUAUCACAUGCCCCACCCUUCAGACUCGGAACGUACAAGGGUCUACUUGCCUAGGAACAUUUGUCGGACUCCUGAAUAUUACAAUCAGGUGUUAUUACCCCAUUCGGACACGGUAGAGUUCUUCCAGCGGUUGUCGACGGAGACGUUGUUCUUCGUGUUCUACUACAUGGAGGGAACGAAAGCGCAGUACCUCGCAGCGAAAGCGCUCAAAAAACAAAGCUGGCGCUUCCAUACUAAAUACAUGAUGUGGUUCCAGAGGCACGAGGAACCAAAAGUCAUCAAUGAGGAAUAUGAACAGGGCACAUACAUCUAUUUCGACUACGAGAAGUGGGGCCAGCGCAAAAAGGAGGGCUUCACGUUCGAGUACAAGUACUUAGAGGACCGAGACUUGAAUUGAACCUGCGUCACCGAACCGCCGUCCGCACUCGCGUCUACUACACACCACCUGCGCGCAGACCACUCGAUAACUAUACACGACAUUCCUAUAUUUAGGAAAUUUUUAGUUGUAAUUACCAAAAAAUACUUAUGAUAAAACAACUCGCACCGUUUUUUCUGUAUGUGCAUACGGGAAGCCAGCCGUGUCAUUCGAAAUUGAGCACGCACCGGAAUGCUCACAGGUUGGAACUCGUGUGUACGUGACGUGUUCACGAGCGCUCACGUUUGUCAGGCCGCGGCUCCGCCGUUUGCCAACGUAAGCUAAUAAAAAAAAACAUGUACCUGAAAUAAAUUUCAUGGACUGGUAUUUAUAUAGAGACAAUGUUAUGACGAUGGUUUUACGGGAAAGAUGUUUUAAUGAACGUCGCAUCGAGACGAUGGAAACGGAUCGCGAUGUCAACGCGAGGGAACCUGAAGUUACUACUACAUUAUGAUCCACGAUAAUAGCGUCGACCGGGACUAGUGAUGCUAUCGAUAGUUUUAUAUCGAUGUAGUACUUUAACGGCUCGAUUCUAUUAUCGAUUUAAAUGUUCGGACACGAGAUUUUUUUUGUUAAUCAUGAAGAAAUCUUUUGUAUAAAUAGCUUUCUGGCAGUCAGUGAUGUAGUGUUGUUUUUUUUUUUAAAUAAUUGAACAAAAAAGCGAAAGAUAUCAUGUGAUGCAGUAUAUUUAGUCAGCCGUGCGCGGUCGUUAAGAACUAAUGUGAUAUUGUUAUAAGCUCGGAACAUUCUUGGACUACUGUUAGAUAAAUUGUGAAUGUGUGAAAGGCGUUGCGUGCGUAGCUAUAAGAGGUUCGAUGUUGACAAUUUAAUAGUUUAGAAUGUUGUAAUUGCCUAGUCUGAAUUCCGAUAUACGAACUUAUCCAAUAGUUUCUUUCGAAUCAAUUUAUAGAAUUGUACAGUUUGCAAAAGCGUUGAUGAAUAUAAUAGACUUUUUUCCUAAUAUACAAUGAGGUCUUUGAGUGACAAAUACCUUCGCACUGUUUGUCACUCAAAGAACUAUAAAUAAUCGAUAAUCGCGGAUGAUUAACGAAUACCGAUUUCUCACAUACACUAUCGAUACUUAAGUUGUUGACACGAUGUUUUCAUUAGUUUUAUAAUACAAAUUAAUAAUUGAACACAACCACCACAAUACUAUAGAUCUGUAUUUUUAGUAUUCCAUGUGUGAUCUCGUGUUUAGUGAAUUACACGCUCCGAGUUUGUUCCGAGACGUUUUUAUAACUUCUGCUUUAGACGUUAAAUUUUGGUUUUAAGCGCUGCGACGUGUGCUUCACUUAGACUUGUUACGAAUCUAAAAUUUCAUAAUGAAUGAUAAAGCAUAAUCUGUAAUUGUUUUUGUCUACGUGCGAUUAGGUAAUCCAAUAUAUAUAUAAAUAUAGGCGAUUUUUAUAUUCGAAAAACGGCAGACAAAUGUUUUGUAAAUAUUGGAAAAUUUCAAAAUUUGGCACGAUUUAUACCAGAUGAGUUUCUCGAAUACAAGAUGAGAUUAAGUUAUGAUCGGUGGCGGGGCGUUUUGUGAUCCGCCGUGGAGAGGUUUCCACCACUCUGUCAAUUUCUGCUACAAAGCCGGGACAAUGUAAUUCAAUGUAAUUGAAGACUUUUCCUCAUGCCUCACAGUGCAGGCUUUCAUGUUAUGAUGUCUGCGUGUUCUGGAUACCAUUCUAAUACCAGGCUGGUCGUGAACAUGUUUACUACGAUAAAACAAGGUCGAACUUUGAUAUAUGUAUAGCUUCUGACUCGUCAUAGACAAGGAGUUUUACUACACUCUUUUCAAACGACAACAUAAUGUUUGUUUACACUUAUCAAAAUAUUAUCGAGUGCUAUUCUCGCUUGUAUUAAAAAAACUGUACUUGUGUAAUCAGCCCUUGUUUUAGAUUUUGUUAACUGUUAUUGAUUUCUGAUAGAAAACUGAUUUGGUAAUGAAAUUCUUUGUGAUGCACACGUUAUGUCUCUGUAUAGUUUAUAAAGUGUUAAGUAAAAACAGUGUGAUCCUGUUUGCUGCGGCUGUGUGUACGCUUUUCCAUCUCGAAUGCUCGAUAACAAGGUGUUAUAAAUAAUAGUAUUAUAAUUGUAAUAGUGUAAUCGCAAAGUACAUCGUCAAUGAUUUGUUUUAUUAUUGUAUGAAAAUAACAUCGAAAAAUACGAUACGUACGUUUUAAUUAGUUAAGGAUCGAUAUAAUCAGCUCAAAUGUUCUAUGUACAAUUGUAUAAUUUAAAGAAGUUAAAAAAAAAAAAUGAAGAAAAAAUCUAAUUUAUUGUAAACAUAAUGGUUGAACAUACUAAUGAUUACUUUGUAUGAUGUUGUAAUAUGUGAUAUUGCUAGUUAUGUUCUAGAUGUAAAAGCGUAUGACGUUAGCGUUAGCAAAGACCUCCACAGUGCAUACUGCCAGAUUAGAAGCGUUCGUCGUAAAAUGAUCGAUGUCAACACCGAAACAUCGUUUCCAUACAGUGAAACCAUAGUAUAAUGUUUGCAUUUUCAAAAAAAAAAAAACAUGUGUGCCCUUCGCUUUGCUUGGCGGUCUCGUUUGAACCACGUCAAGUUUGACGCAAUACUUUUUGGCCGAAACGAAUGUGGUAUUUAUAAUUGAAAGCCAAAAAAUGUCGUAUCAAAUGUCCGAAUUUGACUCGUACUGUCUGUGAAGUGGUGAAGCAAGCGCCGGGCACAGAUCGUUGUUGAAAGCGUCCUUGUAUAUGAGUAGAGACGUGCAGCUAAGUGUUUGUGCGGAGACGCGUGUGUACAUAGGGAUGUAGGACGUCGCGGGACACUAGUUAGCGGUUACAGUGCGCGAUCUCGUUUAUUCCGUGCGUGAUGUUGAUAGUUUUCACUUUUGUAAAAAGUCUAUCGUGAGAGCAGAUGAAAUGUGGUAAAUAAUAAUUUAAAGAAUAUCUGUACAGUUCUAUUUGUAUAGAAAUAAUAAAUAACGAUUAAAAAUAA